AUGAAGCGACAGAUCGCGAGAGGUGUGCGCGAUGCGUCUGUAGCUCUGCGAAGCGGUACUACCGGUGCACGUAAUUCACCGCAACCCUUCAUCUGUCCUGCAUGCAGACGACAGCUAUCCAGCAAACCUGUAACAAUACCAUAUGCCACCGGCCAACGACAGUUAACGACGAGUCGAGGCCAGCAGCAACAAGCCACAGCGCCAGCAAGUCCCGAGGCUGCAUCGUCCAGCAGCUUGCCGCAGACUCACUACGACUUCUUUCCACAAACGUUUCCAGGUGGUCCACCGCCUGCAUCACCAUUCACUCCAGAUCUGAAGCAAUUACGGAAGGAAUUCCUGCAAUUACAGGCCAAGGCGCAUCCGGACCUUGCGCCUGCGAACCAGAAGAGACAAGCAGAGGCUCUGAGCAGCCGGGUCAACGAAGCAUACAGAGCCCUACAGGACCCGCUGAAACGCGCACAGUACUUGCUACUACAGCAGGGCAUAGAUGUGGAGGAUGAGUCGGCGAAGAUGUCUGGUGGACCAUUAUUGAUGGAAGUCAUGGAGGCGAGGGAGGCCGUGGAUGAGGUAGAGACCGAGGAGGACCUGGUGAGCAUACGAGAGGAGAAUGAUGCACGAAUAGCGGAGAGCGUGGGAGCUCUGGAAGCAUUAUUCGCGAACGGAGACCUGCAUGCUGCCGCCGCAGAAGCUGUAAGAUUAAGGUAUUGGACGAACAUUGCUGAGAGCAUACAUGGGUGGGAGAAGGGUAGUGGUGGUGGUGUCAUACAUCAUUAA